CUCUCUCUCUCCCUCCCUGGUCCACGUGAGAGAGAGAGAGAGAGAGCGAGCGAGCCAACAGCAGACGAUGGCCCAGGGCUCGGACAUAAAUAAUGGCCCGGGGAUGGACCACAAGAAGGAAAAGGCUGCCAUGGACCCAAGCAACAUGGCCCAGGGUCACAAGAAGGAAGUUUCCGUGAAUGGCCUCAACGAAGAACCCGAGAAGGCUGAACAUGAAACACAAGAAAAGACAGGAGGAGGAGGAGGAGGAGGAGGAGGAGAAGAGAAGAAGAAGGAAGAGGAGGAGGAGAAGGAGGAGGAGGAGGGCCUAAUACAACAAGAAUAUGGGUUCACUAUCAAAAUCCGUCCACCUACAGGGGAUGCAUUUGAGAUUCAGGUCAGCAGUAUGGAGCUUGUUUACGAGAUCCACCAGCUUUUGAUGGAUAGAGAGGACACUUGCCAUCGGACCUGCUUCUCCCUCCACCUGGACGGACAGACCCUGGAUAACUUUGCCGAGCUGAAGAGCAUUGAGGGAUUGAAGGAGGGGUCAGUCAUCCGCGUACAGGAGGAGCCUUACACUGUGCGCGAGGCCAGGAUUCAUGUGCGUCAUGUGCGCGACCUGCUCAAAAGCCUGGAACCCAUGGAUGCGUACAUGGGAACGGACUGUGCGUCUCUGAGUUACUUACACACAGUCACGCAGGGAGACAUUCUGGGCGAGUCGUACAAGAAGAAGCCGAAUGCCGAGAGUGUGGACUGUACACCUCCCAAGUACAUUCUGCCCAGUGCCAAGGAGCGGCCCCUCACGCCCCUGCAGCCCUUCGCCAAGGAGCAGAAGAGCCCGCAGUGCCUCAAGGUCCUUACUAUAAGCGGAUGGAACCCUCCGCCUGGCCCCAGGAAGCUACACGGUGACCUCUUGUACCUCUCCAUCGUGACCUUGGAGGGCCGGCACCACUACAUCACUGCCUCCACCUGGGGCUUCUACCUCAACCAGACCACGGAGGAGGAGUUCAACCCCAAGCCGGCCAACCCCUGCUACCUGUGCCACUCCCUCAUUGACCUCUUGAACACCUUGUCCCCUUCAUUCAAGAGGAACUUUGCCAACCUGCAGAGGAAGAGGACACUGAGGCACCCCUUUGAACGUGUGGCCACCCCCUACCAGGUCUACGCCUGGGCCGCACCCCCCCCAGAGCACGGGAUCGACGCGCUCCGAGCCGAGGACGCGUACAGCAGCAAGCUGGGUUACGAGGAGCACAUCCCGGGUCAGACUCGGGACUGGAACGAAGAAUUGCAGACGACCCGAGAGUUGCCCAGAAGGACCUUGGCCGAGAGACUGGUCAGGGAGAGAGCCAUUUUCAAGGUCCACUCCGACUUCGUGGCAGCGGCAACUCGGGGCGCCAUGGCUGUCAUCGACGGGAACGUGAUGGCCAUCAACCCCGGCGAGGACCCCAAGAUGCAAAUGUACAUCUGGAACAACAUAUUCUUCUCCCUCGGUUUCGACGUUCGCGACCACUACAAGGAGGUCGGGGGAGAUGCCGCAGCGCACGUCGCCCCUCGUAACGACCUCCAGGGGGUGCGGGUGUACGGCGCGGUUGACCAGGAGGGGCUGUACACUCUCGGAACAGCUGUGGUUGACUAUCGCGGGUACCGGGUCACAGCGCAGUCGAUAAUACCCGGGAUUCUCGAGCGGGAACAGGAGCAGUCGGUCGUGUACGGGUCGAUCGACUUCGGGAAGACCGUCGUGACCCAUGAGCGCUAUCUCGAGCUCCUCCGUUCCGCCGGGCAGACCCUGAAGGUGCUGCCACACGCGGUUAUUGACGAGAAGGGAGCGGAAAUUGAGUUGUGCUCCUCCGUUGAGUGCAAGGGGAUCAUCGGAAACGACGGACGUCACUACAUUCUGGACCUUCUACGCACGUUUCCGCCGGAUGUCAACUUCCUACCGUCGGCGGAUGGCGUCGUACUGGGGGAGACGUCGCAGGCGCUCGGCUUCCCCGUCGCUCACCGUCACAAGCUCGCUACGUUACGUCAGGAGCUCGUCGAUGCCUUUGUUGAUACCCGGUACAUGGCCUUCCUCAAAAUGGCCGCCUUGCAUCUUCAGCGUCUACGUGCAGGUGAGCAGAAGGCGAUCGAGGGGAAGAAGAAGGAGGAGGAGGAGGAGAAGAAGAAGAAGGAAGAGGAGGAGAAGGAUAACAAGGAAGUGGAAGAUGCGGAGAAGAAAGUGGAUGGGGAGAAGAAGGAGGAGAAGGAGGACAAGGAGAAGGGAUUUGAAGCGGAGGAGGCGAAACGGAUGAUCGAGACCGCCAAGGAGAGCCUCACCGUGUCAACCGAAGCCGGGUCAACCGAAAACGCAACCGGGAUCAGCGAGAACACACGGAACGUCAUCCAGACCGCCGCCGCAGCCGUCGGGUCACUCAAGGACACCGAUUUUGACAUCCGCUUCAACCUGGAUGCAUUCUCCCCCGGUGUGCGUCAUCCGGACCCCCACGGCGAGAAGCUGGCCAAGGAACGGAAGAUUAUAUGCGACGCGGCGGAAUUUCUGGUCGCGGCGCAGAUACCCGGGUUGAUUUCGGACCUAUCGGAUCACGCCUCGGCCCCCAUGGACGGCUCGGGGCUAUGUGAGGCUUUGCACGCACGCGGGAUCAACAUUCGCUAUCUCGGAAAGGUCGCCGGGAAUCUUGAAACCACCGAAGGGCUGGAACACUUAUUUAGCCUUGCGGUUGGUGAGUUGAUCAUCCGUGCCACGAAACACAUCUUCACAGCGUUCCUGCAAUCCGUGGAGACCAUUAGCCUAGCCUGCGCCAUCGCCCACUUCCUGAACUGUCUCCUGGCCUCGUAUGCGACACCCCACGCUGCAGCCAAGAACGAGGAACUCCUCUCGAAGAAGCGGAGACGUCGGCCACCGUUCAGCACCUCCGGGCAGUCGUGGGCGAGUCUGACCCCUCGCUCGCUCUGGCAGAAGAUCACGGCGGAGGUCAAGGAGUAUUACGGAUUCACGAUUGAAGCGGAAGGUGUUGACGCAGCCGUCCAGCGCUUUCGGCUCCAGAAGGUGACACUGUUGCGAGCGUUCUGCCUGAGAUGUGGGGUCCAAAUACUCCUACGAGACUACACCAUGGAUAGCCGACAGUCCGAGGCGUUCUCCGAGGGCGACGUGGUCAAUCUCCAGCCUGUGGUCAAGCAUGCUAACCCUAGGGCGAGCGACGCACUUGGCAUGUACUCCGCAGGUCAGGCGAAGACUCAACAAGGAUUUCUCAAGGAUGGGUACAGUCUGAUCUCCGACGCCUUGACCUUACUGAAUAGCGUCUACGGUGCCGUCCACCCCGAGACGGCACAGUGCCUGAGGACGCUGGCACGGCUGAACUACGUCAUGGGGGAUCACCUGGAGGCACUGGCACUGCAGCAGAAGGCGACAUUGAUGAGCGAGAGGGUGAACGGCAUCGACCAUCCACACACCGUCGCGGAGUACAUCCAUCUGGCACUGUACUGUUUCGCGGCACAGCAGGUCAGCACGGCACUGCGGCUUCUCUACCGUGCACGCUACCUCCUGCUGGUCCUCGGUGCCGACACUCACCCGGAAAUGGCACUCGUGGAUUCGAAUAUCGGGUUGAUUCUACACGCCGUUGGGCAGUACGCUCUAUCCCUGCAGUUUCUUGAGUCGGCACUGGCACUGAACAUACGAUUCCACAGUGCCAGGAGUCUGAAGGCCGCCAUGACGCACCACCUUGUCGCACGUACCCAGAGCUGCCUCGGCGACUUCCGCGCGGCACUGCGUAACGAGAAAGAGACCUUUGCCAUAUACCGUGAGAUCCUCGGCGCCAAUCACGAGAAGACGAAGGAAGCGGAUGAGUGCCUACGACAUUUGACGCAGCAGGCGGUUGUCAUGGCCAAGAAAAUCAGCGAGGCGUUCGGCGGAGGCGGCAGCGGACGUGCGGCGGCUGCGGCGGCCUCCCUCGGACUCCCGCCGGUGCAGAUUCAACCGCCAUCCAUGACAUCCGUUCUCGACCUCCUCAACGUAAUCAACGGAAUUAUGUACGUGCAAAUCACAGCGGACGAGAUCGAGCGUCUACGCGUCGAGAUCGAGAAGGGCCAAGCGCAGGCACUCAAGGAUCGGGAGAGUGCCGAUAGUGCCGACGGGGGUGCCAGAAGCGAGGGUGUCACCGUAGCUGUGAAGGAGAGUGCCGCGACAGUGCCUACGAGUGAUGAUGAUAACCUGAAGCUGCCGGAGGAGGGUGCCAAGAGCGAGGAGGAAGGGACGGCCAGUCGGUGAGUGUCGGUACUGGCACCGGGAGGCACUGGGGGGGGUUUCGUACCCAGGGAAAGGGAUAGAGAGAGAAAUAGAUGAUCGGAAACCUUGAAAAUUGAGGAAAUUGAUGUGAAAAUAAGGAAUUGAGGGAAAAUUUGAUGAUUAUGAAACAGGAAAAAAGGAAAUAAAGGAGGAAUUGGAGGAAAAUAUGAUAAAGAAAGGAAAUAGAAGGAAAGGAAGAGAAAAUUGAUAGAGAAAGAAAAGAGAGAGAGAGAGAGAGAGAGAGAGAGAGAGAGAGAGAGAGAGAGAGAGAGAGAUUGAUUAUAAAUAUGACAAGAAAAAUAAAUUAAUAAGAAAGAAAAGAAGGAAAAUAAAAUAAAAAAAUAGAAAAAAAAUAUUGAGUGUUUUGGAAGAGGAAGAAGGAGGAGGAGGAGGAGGAGGAGGAGGAGGAGGAGGAGGGAAGAGAAGAAGAAGAGGAGGAGGAGGAGGAGGAGGAGGAAGAAGAGGAAAUUUAAAGAAAGAAAAAGAGAGAGAGAGAGAGCAAAAUAAUAGGAAGAAAAGAGAGAGAGAGAGAGAAAGAGAGAAAUUAGAGAGAGAAUUAAAGAAAGAGAGAAAUUAGAGAGAGAGAGAAAUAAAGAAAGAAUUGAAAGGAAGAGAGAAAAUUGAGCGAGAGAAAUUAGAGCGAGAGAGAAAAUUAGAGAAAGUCCCGUAGUCGAAAUUGUAGUAAAAAAAAAUUAGUAUAUAAGAAAGUUUUUUGUAUUGAAUCUAGUUUUUUAAUACUGUGUGUGCGUGUGUGUGUGUGUGUGUGUGUGUGUGUGUGUGUGUGUGUGUGUGUGUGUGUGUGUGGGUUGUUAAGUGCAAUUAUAUUCAUUUUUAUUAUUAUUAUUAUUAUUUCUUCCUCCUCCUCCUCUUCCUCUUCUUUCUCCUCCUCUUCCUUCCUCCUCUUCUUUCCUCUUCCUCCUCCUCUACCUCCUCUUCCUUCCUUCUUCCUCUUCUUUCCCGUCCUCUACCUCCUCUUCCUUCCUUCCUCCUCUUCUCUCCUCCUCCUCCUCCUCCUCCUUCCAAAAUCAUCAUUAUUAUUAUUAUUAUUAUUAUUAUUAUUAUUAUUAUUAUUAUUAUUAUUUUUAUUAUUUUUAUUAUUACAUUCCAGUGUAUGUAUAUAUGGGGUGAGGUGAGGGGUGACGCACAUGGCCUUACGCGCACACACACACACACACACACACACACACACACACACACACACACAUAUAGUUUUUGUAAAUGAGAGAGAGAGAGAGACAGAGAGAGAAUUCUGUGUAUGUAUGUGUGUGUGUGUGUGUGUGUGUGCGUUUUUGGGUAUGUGCGUCACCGAACACCCACAUACAUGACUGUGGGCCCUCCCCCUUGCUUGGAACUGUAUAAACAAACAAACGAACAAACAAACAAACAUCGGAGUUCUCGAAAAUCGCUUUCAACAAAUUUUUUCACCUAUUUUUUAAUUUUUUUUACAAUUUUUUUCAUUAUUUUUCACUUUUUUCAUUUUUUUCUCCUCCUCCUCCUCUUCUUCCUCCUCUUCCUCCUCCUCCUCCUUCUUCUAAUAUAUAUAAAGUAAUCCCAUAAGUGCCAUAGCAAUUACUACUAUUAUUAUUAUUAUUAUUAUUAUUAUUAUUAUUAUUAUUAUUAUUAUUAUUAUUAUUAUUAUUAUUAUUAUUAAAGCAAGGACUAUAAGGUUCUAGUCUAUGGGUAAUGCUGUUGUUGUUGUUGUUAUUGGCAUUGUUGUUUUUGUGGCCUUUAUAAACAUUGUGUGUGUGUGUGUGUGUGUGUGUCUCUCUCUCUCUCUCUCUCUCUCUCUCUCUCUCUC